AUGUCCGGGGAACCUCAGUGGACUUUCUACGAAGACAUCACCGACACUCUUUCUCGAGAUUUUCUCGAAGGCGAAGAUCUACAGCUUCAAGUUCACCAAGCCAAAUGGAACGGAAGAUUACUCUCUUUUGAACUUCGGAACUUUUCGAAAAAUGAGGUCGAAGUUGAGUUCAAAAAAAGAGAGCCAACCAUGAUUUACAUCAAUAGACGGGACUCAGAAAAUCGGUAUUCGCGGAGAGUCGCUGCUGGAGAAUCUGAACCAUUUAUGUUCAAUCUCGACUGGGAUCUGCUUCAAGAAACAAUCAAGGACUGGGCCACACAAGUGGAACUUUUUCCGCACGUGGAUUUGCAUUUCUAUUGGAAAGAUGCACAAGACGAAACCAUCUUCAUGAAAUAUCGUUGUCUUCGUUUUGACUUGAAAGAAUGGAAUGAGACGAGAUUACCGACGCGGAAUAGCUCGAAUAGACACUGGAUACCAUCCUUUACGAAACAACGCCCUUUGCUCGGUGGUCGAGAUUUGAUGAGACCGCUACUUUGUGAUAACGAUGAGGAAUCAAAUUUGACGGAACGUUACUAUACUUUGUGCUCAAAAAUGUCACCAAAGAAAAAA